CAUCUCAGUAUUUGUUCAUAUUUCAUGCAGCAUGUAGUGGAAACGUACUUGUAAUAGCUGCAAAUUUUUGUCGAGUUCAUUUUUCGGUUGACCAAAAUUUUGGUCAUUUCGUGGGGCAGUGUGGAGUUAACUAGCUAUUCAGGGCCACCAUGGCAAUGAGUGUCAAUUGAUAUCAUCGCUUCAUCUUCAAACUUUUGCAAGUCAACCAGGCACAGUGAAACAUGGCGAACACUAUCCACACCAAUGAAAAAGGAAAUCCUGGCGCAAGAAUGGGAGAACCUCCGAAAAUUGAGGUUGAAGUGCCUGAGAAACAGGAUCUCCCCAGUACGGCAUCGCCUUGGGAAGAAAUCGAAACAGAAUUCUUGCCAGUUGAUUUUCUGCUUUUAACAGCAAAGGAUUGUGAAUAUCUAAGCUGCCUCGCCUUUCUCCAUGACAUCAAGAGGGGUUAUACAAAAGAUCUUGGCCCUGCGUAUUUUGGGUUUAAUAGCCAAGAUGAGCCAAAAUUCAAAAUUGCGGUGAUUAUAUGCCUCAUGGGUUCCAGCGGUCCUGGUGGCUCCAUAGUUGUAGUCCAAGAGGCAGUUCCGAUCUUAAGGCCCAGAGCAGUUAUCUGUGUGGGUUACUGUGGUAGCUUGAACGAGGAGAAAGCUAAGCUUGGUGAUGUCAUUGUAUCUUCCAAGUUGACGACUUACGCCUUCGCCAAAGAAUGGGAGGACGGGAUCGAAGAACGUGGCUUGGUUGUUCCUCCAAAUAAGGAUAUGGCUAACCUUAUCAAGAAUGUCGGGGAUGGUUGGAAGGCACCUUUAACAAACGCAGACGACCUGAAAGUGACACUACGCACUGACGGCGUUUUUCUCAGUGGUCCUCUGGUGCUUAACAACCCAGAACUUCUGAAUAAAUUGAAUAAUCGAUUUCGCCAAGGAACUGCCAUCGAGAUGGAAGGCGAAGGUCUUUACACAGCCGCUCAUAGACAUGGAAUUGAAUGGUUAGUUAUCAAAGGAGUCUCAGACUUCGCCGGUAGCUGUGGCGGUAAAUCUAGCACUGAUUCUUGGAGGCCAUUCGCCAGUGUAAUGGCAGCCUCCGUUGUUUUUCAUAUGCUAAAUGACACUGUUGUGUUUGAGGACUGGCCCCACUAUGAAAAUACAUCAAAUCGAAAGAGACCGUCGUCGAAUACUAAUCAUGCAACAGCAAAGGUGACCAGAGUCACCAGAUAAAUCCCAUAAUGAUUCCAGGACAUGAGACAGGUAUCGAGAGUCGCUAGCGAUGGCACCGGAAUCUAUCAGGACCAGGAAGUUUUGGCCUCCAGUUUCGGUUGUUAUUUUUUCUCCGAAACACUGGUUUCGUUCGCUGUAAAACAGGUUCAGGCAGGCUCAGGCAGGCUCAGCGAAGCAUCGAGAUUUUUCAGCAAUAGAUAGAAUUGGAUGUUAUUGUUCCAGUGAGUUCUAAGGAAGUUGUAGACUUUUCUUGAGAAAGACUAGCAUAGCAAUACUUUGCGGAUUAAAUAAAAAUGCAGUUGAAUUGCCUA